AUGGACAUUGCACAGAUGUGCAUCAUUUAUGAUGAGAUAGGGCUCAGGCCAGCUGCAUUGGGCGUUGCUGGAGCAUACCAGUGCACACCCAACGCCAGUCAACCACGGUUUCGACCUGACCCGACCGCCCUUCUGACGGCAUCGCCGCCACGUUUCCCGGCGAUGCCCCCGCUCCUUGUCCAGGCCCUACCAGAAGACACCCAAUGCCCCGCCCAAAUCACGUGCGCGCGCGCCAACUCCCCAACUGACCCCUGCGACUGGCAGGCCGGGACCCACCCACCCCAGCCUCCCGACAACAAAGAUAGGCUAGAGACGGGAGUGGAAAGCGAGGCGCCCGCUGGAGCCCUGGAGCUAGACACGCGCCGACGCGCGAUUCGCUGGGGAAAAUUGCCAGGCCCGGACGACGGAAGCAUCCAAGACAAGGCAAAAAAGGAGACAAAGGAGCCACGCACCCGCGCCAACCAAAGUACCUUGCCAAACAAAUCGCUUGCCCAGGAACAGCCGCCGGCUUGGGCCCCGACCGCUUUCAGCCUCUGCUAUCAGGCCCUGCCGUUUGCCCCUGCCGUUUGCGGGAGUGCCAGGUCGACGGCCAACGGGCCCGGCCUGAGCCCAAAAAUAUUCAAUUCCCAGCCAUCACGCCCACGCAGCGCUUGCCAUGCACUUCCCGCACAUUGGCUCUCUCAAAACGACUGGCGAUCCGCUCUCCCGCCCGCCCUCGCCUUCCCAACUUGCUCUCUCCUCCCCCCUCUGCCCACGACAGCUUCGCCACACCCAUUCGCUUUCCCAGACGGCCCAUCUCUGGGUUAUUCCGGCCCAGCCACGCGCGCGCCCAAGGUGACGCGCCGACCUGCCAGCCACUUUACAGUGCCGCGACCCACACUUGAAAUCGCUCCCAUCCGACCCUUGGCUGCAGGGAUCCUACGUCGAGCUGUUCGAGACCAAUUCGUUCAUUAUCAUCACAGCGCGGGCGGUGGCUCCAUCAUGCCUCCAAAGGCAACUCCCAAGCCGCCCACUCUGGGUGAGCGGCGGCGAACCAACCACAGGGGAGACUCGCGCGCCUCCAUGGCCGAGGAUGAAAUCGAGGUCAACGACUCGCCGGCGCCCACGCGCGCAUCUGCACGGGUGCGCGCCGCCGCCAACAUGAACUCGGGCCUGACGCCGCGCCCGCAGAGGCACAGCACCAAUUACGGCUCGCCCGCCUUCGCGGCCGGCUCGCCCGAGACCGCCCCCGCCUUCAUCGUCCAGGACACGGACCUCCAGUCGGGUAUCGCAAGAGCCAUCAACAGGGUGCAGCGCGACAACAAGGAGGAUCAGGAAGCCCGCGCCUCGCGAGCCCCGUCCGUCAUGGUGCCUCGACGGAAUCUGGAAGAGACUGCAAACUCCCGAAACCGCCUUGCGACAGCGCCUCCCGAGGAUGGACGGGAUAGGUCGCGGUAUUCUCCCAUGCGACCGAUUGCCGAGGCGGAGACGCCCGCAAGGAGGAAGUCACCCGCAAAGAGGAAGUCGCCGGAGUUGGAGGAUGCCUCUGAGCCAGAGAAUUCUAAGCGCCAAAGGAUCUCCGAGUCUGGCGCUGCAUCGCCACGACGCAGCCCAGAACGCACGACUGCCCAAAGCAAACUGAAGAAUCCUUCACCCCGCCGCAAGCCUGGUCGUCCCCGGGGCCGCCCGCCCCGCUCAUUGGUCCAACGCGACGUGUUACGAGAAGUAUCGCUGGACGCGCCAAGGAGCGGAUCAUCGGAGCCUCCCGAGGACGACGUCGACAUGCUGUUGGAAGACCAGGAAAACCAACCCGUGGAUCAAGCCGUUGGACCGGGCACGGCCAAACAAGCCAUCAGCGCUCCCAGUGCACCCACUCAGUCGACGGCAGGGCCUAUAACCAAGCAGCCUGUCAGUGCGGCGACCCAGCGCGACGCACUCUAUCCCAACUUGUCACGAAUGGGCGGGUCUAUGAUGCUCACCGCAGCGCACUCAUCGACUGACAUGCCUCCCCCGUCUGGCGACAAGAUCUACUGGAACGACCUGCCAAUCACGCGUGCCAACGGACAUCGGCUUCACGAACUGAGGAGCUCGGACAUCCCGCAAACGCCUGCCAACGGGGCAGGCGGCAAACUCAAGGCUAUGGGCCCGCCCGUUCAGUCGUCCGCGGCGCCUACUGAGCGAAGCUUCAACCUUGAGAGUGGCCUGUUCCAGCGCGCAACAUUGCAGACACCGCCUCCGGCGCAAAUCUCGAUCGCUCCUACUCCAUCCACUGUCCCCGAGUCGUCGCUCCCGCCAUCCUCGGUAGCACAGGAGCUUCCUCCUCGGAGCCACCUUCCCCCAGGCGCCCCGGCCUGGACGCAAGGCGAGCGACAACAGCCACCGGCUACACGCGGUCAGACGUACAGUUGGUUCGCAGACCCGCCUCACCGAGGAGUACGGUCGUCCUCAGCCGAGCCAGGAUCCUCCCGCUACAUCGCGACUCACCUUGACCAUGACCUGGUCGACAACGCCAAGGCCAGGGAGCAGCGGCAGCUUCGUAUCGAGAACGACCACAGCGACGACGCGGCCACACCCCGAAAACCCAUUCGCAAGGGACUCGGCUCUCCUAUCAAGAAUGGACUGGUCAACGGACAGAGAAGGGAGCGGGCGAGGACCGAGGAGCCCGAACUAGCUACGAGGACGAAGAUCAACCAUGCGACCAGGCCAACCCGUUCAGCGUUUGCUGAGCCAGAGCCAGAGGUCCAGUCGCAUGCGCACCGCGAGACAAGAUCGCCCGAAAUCUCGGAGCUCCAUGGUGUGAGCACUACUGUCACCGAGGCUAAAGCUGCAGCCGCCGCCCGGAACGGUCGUGUGCAGGUUGGCAAGGAACAGAGCACAACUUCGACCGAGGGCCAUCAACCCAAGAAGCCUUUGGGACGAUCCGACAACAUCUAUACUACCACCAAUGGAGCAGCCAACACGCAAUCAUCCGACAGCCCGCGCGUUGGACCCGGUUCCACCUGGUCCGAGAACAUGGAAGGGCUCGCUCGCCAUUUCCACAAGAGCUUUGACUGGAAGACAUUGGCCAAAACACUGCUGUACUUUGCGUUGGCACUUGUUACAAUGUCGUGGAUAGUCAGUUGGCUCAGCGGGCCACCAAUGUUCGAGGGCCACGAGCUGGACAGUGGCUUCCACUGGUAUGGCACCUCGGACUGGAAGCAUAACCUCGGGCAGUUCGUGCCCUCGUGGUCCUUUCGCCGUAUCCUCCUCAGCGACGAUGACUACGGAAAGCUCAAGGAGGCGUGGGAAAGCCAAGAACAGGUUAUUGCGCGCGUCAAACGGCAGAACGAGGCGACGACGGCGGCCAUUUCCAAGCUUGAGCAUGCGCUGCCCAACUACAUCCGCGUCGACAGAGACCAGCAGGGCAAUCCCAUCAUUCCGGACGAUAUCUGGCAGGUCCUCAAGGCUUAUGCGCGACAGGAUGGCGAUUUUGUCGUCCUGGAUGAGAAAAAGGCCAUCACGGAUCCGCACUCGAAGGCUAUUGAGAAGGGUCUUGACGGGGCCCGCGCAUUCGAGACAUGGGUUCGCCAAAACAACCACAUGCUCCGAGACAUGCUCGGGGCCGGGCAGGGCCAGGAGACACCAAGCAUCGACGUGGAAGAGCUCAUUCGCAAGAGGAUCGAGGCCCAGGAUCUUCCGCAGAAGCUGGUUGUCAUGAAGAAGGAAUUUGUAAACCUUGUCAAGGACGAGUUCAAGGCCAACAUGCGAAGCGUCCAGGUCGACAUCGCAGCCCUCAAGCGCAGCCAAGAUGAGCUCUCCAAGAAGCUCGAUCGGGUCUCCAAAUCAUCCAAGGGAGCUCUCACGCCCGACGAGGUGCGGCGCGUGAGUCAGGAGGUGCUGAAGGUCAUCGGAGAUCCCCAGCUCGAAAAGCGGAUGCGCGAUCCGCUGAUCGCCGACCUCAAGAGUCGGGUCAACUACUUUAAUGUGCGGUCGGGCGCCGUCUUCGAGUCCAAGAUCAGCAGCCCGACCUUCAAGUUCAAGUACCCGCGCUUCGGGACCCCCCAGUGGAUUUCCGCGAAGCCAUGGCUCGCCAACGGCCCUUCGGCCAUCAUGCACGCGUGGGAGGACGACGGCGACUGCUGGUGCGCUGGCGGUACGUGGGAUAGCAAGCUGUCGCGUCCCAAACCGGCAGACAUAUACUUGGGCAUCCAGCCGAUCACGCCGCAGGUUCUCUGGAUGGAGCACAUUAACCCGCUCGAGACGGUGGAUGACGGGUCCAUGCCCCGGGACGUCGAGGUCUGGAUCGAGGUGGAGGAUCACAACCAGGGCAAGCACAUGAGGGAGUGGUCGAUAGCGACGUUCCCACACACGGACCUCGACAACAAGCUGUGGGACGAAGGCUUCGUCAAGGUGGUCGAGUUCGAGUUCAAGAACCAAACGGCUGGCAGGCCCGCCGAGAAGGCCGUCAAGUUCCCGUCGCAGCUCGCCCAGUUUGGCGUCGUCACCGAACGCGUGCUCAUCCGGGCCACCAGCAACUACGGCGCCCGGGACCACACGUGCUUCUACAGGGUCAAGCUGUUUGGAGAGCGUCCGCCCGCGGAGUAG